GUCCCUCGAUCAGCAGCUAUAACAGUGCUACCAACGUGCCUACUAGUGUUGCCAGAUGGUACGGAGUAUUGUAAAGAGAAUUAUAGCACUAAGGUUACUUGCUGGACAUCGCAGUUGGAUCGGCCUCUUCUCCUGCCGACCGUCGGCCAGUCAGGUCGUCUUACAAACCGUUCUUAAGUAUAAUAAAUUAUAUUAGUCUUAGUAUUAGACAACGCGUGUUUCAAUUACCCAAGUAACACUUGGCGACGAGGGUAAAGCGGAACGGUAAGCUGAACAGUACAAUCAGUGAUCGCGAGUGAGUCGUAGUUCGCGAAAAGUGUAAGUGAACGGUCGAAAGCGCAGUGCACGUGGUGUGGACCUAACUUUAACCAUGCCACCGAAGGAGGAGAACAAGGCUGAAGGCAGCCCAGUGCAAGUGAUUCGUAGUGGAAUGUUCGGUCAAAUCGAGCAGUAUGUACUCGGUGAGGACUGGGACGAGUACAUGAACCGGCUGGAAAUGUUUUUCCAAGUGAACGACACGCCGGACGAGAUGAAGGUUCCGGUUAUGUUCACCGUGGCCGGGCCGAGCUUGUAUACGCUAGCAAACAGGCUCUGCGCCCCGGUCUCCCCGCGUAUCAAGACGUACACCGAGCUAACCGCCCUGUUCAAGGAUCACCUCGGUCCCACGACCAACGUGGUGUCAGAGCGCUACCAGUUGCGGUUCUGUGAGCAGACGCCUUCCCAGAGGAUUGCGGACUUCAUCGUCACCCUGAAGGCCAAGGCACAAACCUGCGAUUACGGUAAUUUCCUGCAGGAUGCCCUGCGCGAUCAGUUCGUCGCCGGGAUCCACGACCAAAGUCUGCGCAAGAAGUUGUUAACGGAGUCCACGUUAACGUUCGAGAAGGCCUGCACGAUCGCCAAGGCCUACGAAGCUGCGCUGAGCCAGAAUAAGGACAUGUCGGCCCCGUCGGCGUCCAAAAUGGCGGCCCUGCACAAUGGCGGACCGAGUCGCCAGUCGAAGGGUAAGCAGCCGAACCGGAACCAGUCAAGUAAGUCAAGCCGUCCCCCGCCGAAGCCAAAGAAGCCAUGCUUCCGGUGCGGCCGUGAUCACGAUCCAGAUAAGUGCCCCGCCUUGGAUUGGACGUGCUACGCGUGUGGGAAGAAGGGCCACGUGUCGUCAGUGUGCCAGAGCAAAAGUCGCCAGUCGCAGCCCAAAGGGAGCAGCAAACGUGUUGGUGAGAUGUCGGAAGCUAUGGAAGUUCUCCGAUUGAACGUGCUUGCCGGAGUCGGCGAGACAGCAGUGCGAGCAGCCCGUCAGCAGUCGGCUGCAGCCCAAAGCGCAGCAGGAAGCGGAAGUGUGUCCGUCCUGGAGCCGAGCAGCAGCAAAACGCCGUCGUCAAGCAACGGUGGAUCCCCCGGAUCGCUGAAUCGUGUCGAUUCGCCCGAACUCGUGUCGCUGGACUGCGAAGGUCGCCGUCUGGAGUUCGAAGCUGACUGCGGAGCCUGCAAAAGCGUGAUCUCUGCAGCUACGUACCAGAAAUACUUCUCGCAUUGCCCUUUAGUGCCCACUGCUCAAGAAUUCAUCUCUGUUUCCGGUCAACGCAUCCAACCGCAGGGUCUGGUUUCGCUUCGCGUUUCCGCACCUUCGGGGAUCCAAGGUAAGUUGGACUUGAUAGUGAUUACCACCGCUAAGAAGAUGUAUCCUCUGCUCGGUCGCGAUGGUCUUGAUUUGAUGUAUCCGGAGUGGAGAAAAGUCUUUUCGGUCAAGUCUGUAAGUAGUGCGCAAACGUCCUUCGAAUCUGAGCUCUUGAAACGAUUUCCAAAAGUAGUUUCCGAAACCGCGAAAGACUCGAUCAUCGAACAGAUUCUGUUCCAGUCACCGGGCAUUGCGUACCUGGAUGACAUCAUUGUGGGUGGAUCUACGAUGGAAGAGUGUCGUGAAAAUCUUUUCCAGGUCUUGCAACGCUUAAACGAUCAUAAUGUCAAGAUCAAUCUGUCGAAGUCAAGCUUUUUUCAGUCGAAAAUAGAGUAUUUAGGUUACAGCAUAACGUCCGAAGGUAUUCGGCCAAGUGAGUCGAAAGUUAAGGCGAUUAUUGACGCCCCCGCACCGAAAAACGUACAACAGUUGCAAGCUUAUCUGGGAUUGCUUAAUUAUUAUCAUCGUUUUCUGCCGAAUUUGUCGAUCGAAUUGCGUCCCUUGUACGAUUUGCUUCGCAAAAAUUGUCGUUUCGUGUGGACCGAAAGCUGUCAGUUGGCUUUCGAUAGGACGAAGUCGCUUUUGCUCGAAAAUGAUCUACUCGAACCGUUCGACCCUUCGAAACCGAUCAUUCUCGCCGUCGAUGCUAGUCCGUACGGCGUCGGCGCGGUGUUAUCGCACCUGGUCGAUAAUGUCGAAAAGCCCGUCUGUUUCGCGUCGUCCACUCUCACCCCCGCUCAGGUGAACUAUGCUCAAGUGCAUAAAGAGGCAUUAGCAGUAGUUUUUGGAGUCAAAAAGUUCCACAAAUACUUGUAUGGCUCGAGAUUCAUUCUUAUCACGGACAACAGUGGUGUGAAAGAAAUUUUCAACCCGACUAACGGCACUUCCGCGAUCGCCGCCGCCAGGCUGCAACGGUGGGCUCUGAUUGUCGCUGGUUACAACUACGUAAUCGAGCACCGUCCUGUAACCAACCGCACACCUUCUUCAAUGAUCUUCUCGUACACGCCGCGUACGCUGACCAAUGUGGUAAAUCCGCAGAAGGUUCAGGUCGAAAGCACCAACGCCAAGCCCAUGAUCGUCAGAAAGGAACCGAUAAUUCAGGUCUCCCACGAAUCCGCGAAAAUGAAGUCGUUCAACGCAGGUGAUAAAGUCUUGUACCGUAACCAUUUCAAAGACAUCAUCCGUUGGAUUCCCGCGAUCGUGCUUCAGAAGCUUAGUCCGUUGACUUAUUUGAUUAGUCUUGAAGCGAAUAAUGAUGAUGAAAGUAGUGGAUAUGAGGACACGUCUUCUGAAGAUGGUAAUCCCGUUCAGGUGCCAGCCACCAUUCGCGUCACUCCACCGUCUAAAAACAAGAAGAAGACUUCUAAGCGUAGACGGAGUGAAACGAAAUCCCCAAAAGUGCGUCGUUCCAAUAGACUUCGAGGUCAGCCGAAACUGAAGUACCCAAAAUAA